ACAUUUUAUAUGUCACACUGCUGCAAUCUCGAUGGAAUAACUGGCUCAACUCACGAAACAGCUCGAGAAAUUAAUAAAACCUGGAUAUUUCUAUUAUUUUGAAAAACAACUAGCUUACAUAAAGCAGAGAAACUCAUAAAAACACUAAGAUCGAUUGUGGAUGACUUUGGCGCAAGCAAAACAGCCAUGGAUCCGAUUAUUGAAGUCGUUGCUUUAAUUCUGGGCUUUCUGAGCUGGAUAAUGGUUGGCGUCACAAUCCCGAACCGUUACUGGAAAGUAUCCACGUUAGACGGGACAGUGAUCACCACCUCGACCCUUUACGAGAACCUGUGGAUGUCCUGCGCGACGGACUCGACGGGAGUGCACAACUGUCGCGAAUUCCCCUCUCUCCUGGCCCUGUCUGGUUAUAUCCAGGCGUCGCGUGCUCUUAUGAUCGCAGCAGUGAUAGCUGGCACAUUCGGAGUGGUGGCCACCCUCAUCGGCAUGCAGUGCUCGAAGGCCGCCAGUGACAACUACGUACUGAAAGGCAGGAUCGCAGGAACAGGAGGCGCAUUUUUCCUGCUGCAGGGUUUGUGCACGAUGAUAUCAGUGUCCUGGUACGCCGCCAACAUCACUCAAGAGUUCUUCAACCCGCUUUACCCUGGCCAAAAGUAUGAGUUUGGAGAGGCUUUAUACAUCGGCUGGGCCUCCGGUGUUCUUGCCAUCUGUGGUGGAGCUUGUCUCAUGUUCUCCUGCAAAUUAGGCACAGAGGAGAAGGCUUACUACCAGCCCACACGUGAAACAGUUUACUCAGCGUCCGCAUCCAGGAGAGACACUCAGACCACUUAUGGAAGAAAUGCCUACGUCUGAAUGAAGCAAUUCUGGUCAGUUUCAUGGCCAAACAACAUUACAUUAAUAGUUGACUGUUAAUAUUCUGUCUAGUGAUGUUUUCUCUGUGCAAUUAUGUAAAUAUGUAUACAGUGCCAAACGCACAGGAGGUUUUGUGGCCACGUAAGGAUAAGUAAGUUAUAGUGCCAAACGCACAGGAGGUUUUGUGGCCACGUAAGGAUAAGUAAGUUAUAAAGUAAAAUGUUACCAUGUCAGUUUUGCUGUGCAAAAACCCCUCAGAGAACAUUAUACAGAAUGAAAGAGUUGAAAUUA